AUGAGUUCCGAUUCAUUUGAAAAACUAAUGUAAUUAAUUCAUGAAUAAAAUACUGCUUGUGAAUAACAUUAUGAUUAAAAUAAUAAAUAGAUAAUGGAUUUGAUAGGCAAUUUGGAUAAUAAUAUGAAGAAUUUAUAGAAAUAAAUAGAGUAACCAAGAAUUGAACAUCAUCAUACUUUAUCAAAAGUAGAAGAAGUAGAGAAUGAAGAUUAAGAAUAAUCACAAUUUUAAGUAUUAUAAGAAGACAAGGAAGAAUUAGAAUUAUAAAUCAAUUAAUAACAAGAAUAAGAGUAAAUUAUAAUAUAAGAUCAAAUAAUAAAUGAAGAAUGA